UCAAACUUGGCUCCAUCCUGCAGAAAAAAAUGGGACUCCAUUGUUGUUUAACUAAAACCAAUUUUCAAACGUUAAAAUUGGCUACAAUCCCCUGCUCUUCCUCCUUCUCCUCGUCAGUCUCCCUCUCUCCACUCCCCAAAGUCAGAACCAUCACCACCAUCUCUUUUCCAACUCCCCGCCAUUUCUUGUUCGCCAGAGCUUUCUCUUCUACCGCCACCCAAACCACCAUCCCUCCUGCGGUCUCAGCCCCCGCCAAGGAUAGCAACAAAGCGGUGAAGCCUCAAUGGAAAGCAGCAAUUGAUUUCAAGUGGAUAAGAGAGAAUAAAGAGGCCGUGGCAACCAAUAUAAGGAUUAGGAACUCCAAUGCUAAUCUGGAACUUGUUCUUGAGCUUUAUGACAAGUUGUUGAAUGUUCAAAAGGAAGUUGAAAGGCUUCGAGCAGAGAGAAAUGUGGUUGCAAGCAAGAUGAAAGGAAAAUUAGAGCCUUCUGAGCGUCAGAAACUCAUAGAAGAAGGAAAGAACUUAAAGGAAGGGCUUGUUACUUUGGAAGAAGAUUUGUUAAAGCUUACUGAUGAACUUCAGAAGGAAGCACAAUCUAUACCAAAUAUGACGCAUCCAGAUGUUCCAGUGGGAGGUGAAGAUGCCUCUACUUUGAGGAAAAUGGUUGGUGAGCCUCGUAAGUUCAGUUUCCCAAUAAAGGACCAUGCACAACUUGGAAAAGACCUAGAUCUGUUUGAUUUUGAUGCUGCUGCUGAGGUCAGUGGAUCAAAAUUCUAUUACCUAAAGAAUGAAGCUGUUCUGUUAGAAAUGGGCCUUGUAAACUGGGCAGUCUCAGAAGUAAUGAAAAGAGGCUUUACACCUCUCACAACACCAGAGAUUGUCCGGUCCUCUGUUGUGGAAAAAUGUGGUUUUCAACCACGUGGAACAAAUACUCAGGUUUACUCAAUUGAGGGAGGUGAUCAAUGCCUUAUUGGCACCACAGAGAUUCCACUAGGAGGAAUUCACAUGGAUUCAAUUCUUUUAGAGUCAUCUUUACCUCUGAAGUAUGUAGCUUUCUCCCAUUGCUUUCGCACUGAAGCUGGUGCUGCGGGCACUGCAACUAGGGGUCUCUAUCGGGUUCACCAAUUCAGCAAGGUGGAGAUGUUUGUACUAUGCCGACCAGAAGAAAGUGAUUCUUUCCAUCAGGAACUGAUUGAAAUUGAAGAAAGCCUUUAUUCAUCACUAGGACUUCAUUUUAAGACAUUGGAUAUGGCAUCAGAGGAUUUAGGUGCCCCAGCUUACAGGAAAUUUGAUGUGGAGGCAUGGAUGCCUGGUUUGGAACGUUAUGGCGAGAUUUCAAGUGCAUCAAAUUGUACAGAUUAUCAAAGUAGACGACUGGGAAUUCGAUUUCGACCAGAGUCAUCAUCGUCUAGUCCCAGAAAGGGCAAAGGCAAUUCCGCUCCCACACAAUUUGUGCAUACGCUAAACGCCACAGCUUGUGCAGUUCCACGGAUGAUUAUAUGCUUGCUUGAAAAUUAUCAGCAAGAAGAUGGCUCUGUUAUUAUACCUGAGAUAUUAAGGCCUUUCAUGGGUGGGCUUCACGUAAUCUCCUACAAAUAUAAAUAGGAUACCUUUGCAAUAUAUACAUUCUUUUUCCAUUUUUGACGUUGUAAAAGUUGACUGAUUUCGACA